AUGGCUGAAGCGCACCCGUUGUCAGCCAGGACCCUGUUCGAUCUGCGAGGAUGUGUUGCAGUUGUUACUGGCGGCGGAACGGGGAUUGGCCUGAUGAUCGCACAGGUAUUUGCAGUGAAUGGAGCAAAGGUGUACAUCACAGGUCGCCGACGUGAAGUCCUCGAAGCCAGCGCCAAAGCGCAUGGCUCACCCGCGGCACUAGGCAAUUCGGGAGGCUCGCUAGUCCCCCUGCAGAUGGAUGUGACUUCAAAGGAUAGCAUUCGUCGAGCCGUUGAGGAAAUUUCCAAGAGCAACGACUACGAUUCCAGACUCGUAAACAAUGCUGGUAUUGGUAGUGGGCGAGCAGCAGCCAAGCCUGAAGAUGGACCCGAGGUUUAUGGGAAAGCUAUGUUCGACGAGGACAUCAAUGACUGGCAGCAAGUAUCCUUGUCCAACAACACCCAGAUCUACUUUGUCAGCGCUGCAUUCGUGCCACUUUUGUCCGCGGCUGUCAAGAGUCCUUCCCAUGCUCCAGGCAACAUCAUCAAUGUUUCCUCUCAAAGCGGAAUGACAAAAUGGUCACAAAACAGCCAGUACGCCUACAACUGCAGUAAGGCGGCGGCCAACCACCUCACGAAGAUGUUGGCAUAUGAGUUGAUCACACCCGGAAUCAGUAUUCGAGUCAACGCCAUAUGUCCUGGCUAUUUUCCAUCCGAGCUCACGUACGGCAGCUCCGACGCCACGAACAAGACCAACUGGCCGCAAGAAGAGUACGACGCAGAGAUGAAGAAGGUGGGCGCCAACGUGCCCACGGGGCGUCCUGGAACAGAUCAAGAAAUGGCAGGAGCUGUACUGGUUUUGGCGACCAACGGCUACAUCACGGGAACCUGCCUGGCCGUUGACGGUGGAAUUCUUCUUCGUCACCCAGCCUGUGUCUAA